AUGAAAAACUAUAUGUAGAUAGCAGGUCUAUUUUGCUUCGAUUCCACUGAAUAAUAUAGAAUUUUAAAUUUAGAAUAGUGAGACAUGCUUUAAUUUUUUCGAUAUGUGUUUCAAUGACUAGGAGCUUCAUGCCUGAUCUUAUACAGAAAAGAAUGUAAGUUCAUUCUAUGAUGGGCGGGGGAUUCUCAAAUACAUGCAGUACCUCUUUGGAUACCAUAGAACCAACACUGCCUCUAAAAUUUGUUCCAGUUAGUGCUACUUUAUAACAAAAUAUUUAGAGAAGGCCAUAUUUAGGUACAACAAAUACUUCUGUAUGUAUUUAUGUACAUUAAAACAAGAAAUAUAACUCCUGGAAAGUGAAACCUGUAGAGCAGUUUAAGAUCUUUAGUCGCAAUAGAUUUUCUUAAGUGUGCCAUCGCGAUGGCUGCACCAGCAGCCUGUACGCGUUUUUCGGACAAUUACGACAUCAAAGAAGAGUUGGGAAAAGGAGCAUUCUCAAUUGUGAAAAGAUGUGUCCAAAAGUCAACUGGCUUUGAAUUUGCUGCAAAAAUUAUAAAUACAAAAAAAUUAACUGCCAGAGACUUUCAAAAACUGGAACGUGAAGCAAGGAUCUGCAGAAAGUUACACCAUCCCAACAUAGUGCGGCUACAUGACAGUAUACAGGAGGAGAACUAUCACUACCUUGUUUUUGAUCUUGUAACCGGUGGUGAACUUUUUGAAGAUAUCGUUGCACGCGAAUUUUAUUCAGAAGCUGAUGCAUCACAUUGUAUUCAACAAAUAUUGGAAUCGGUAAAUCACUGCCACCAAAAUGGUGUGGUGCAUCGAGAUCUGAAACCAGAGAAUUUACUAUUAGCUAGUAAGGCAAAGGGUGCAGCAGUGAAACUCGCUGACUUUGGUCUAGCCAUUGAAGUUCAAGGCGAUCAUCAGGCUUGGUUUGGAUUUGCUGGCACCCCAGGAUAUCUGUCUCCUGAGGUAUUGAAAAAGGAGCCCUAUGGCAAAUCGGUAGACAUAUGGGCAUGUGGAGUUAUUCUUUACAUACUUCUUGUCGGUUAUCCACCCUUUUGGGAUGAAGAUCAGCACCGACUGUACUCGCAGAUAAAAGCAGGAGCUUAUGAUUAUCCGUCUCCGGAAUGGGAUACGGUUACUCCAGAAGCUAAAAAUCUUAUUAAUCAAAUGCUAACAGUUAAUCCAAAUAAACGAAUAACUGCAGCUGAGGCUUUAAAACAUCCGUGGAUUUGUCAACGAGAACGUGUGGCUUCCGUUGUGCAUCGCCAAGAAACCGUAGACUGUCUCAAGAAAUUUAAUGCGCGGCGCAAGCUAAAGGGAGCCAUUCUUACGACAAUGUUGGCUACCAGAAAUUUUUCGAGCAGAAGUAUGAUAACUAAAAAAGGUGAAGGAUCACAGGUCAAAGAAUCAACCGAUUCAUCUAGCACUACUCUUGAGGACGAUGAUAUAAAAGAAGAUAAAAAAGGAACCGUUGAUCGCAGUACUACAGUCGUAUCAAAAGAGCCUGAAGAUAUAAGGAUACUUUGUCCUGCAAAAACGUAUCAUCAAAAUAUAGGAAACUCGCAGUGCUCUUCAGCAGCUAGACGACAAGAAAUAAUAAAGAUAACUGAACAGUUGAUUGAAGCAAUUAACAGUGGCGACUUUGAUGGAUACACCAAAAUAUGUGAUCCGCAUCUAACUGCCUUUGAACCGGAAGCACUGGGCAACCUUGUAGAGGGAAUUGAUUUUCACAAAUUUUAUUUUGAAAAUGUUCUUGGUAAAAACUGCAAAGCUAUAAACACAACCAUUUUAAAUCCUCAUGUGCACUUACUUGGUGAAGAAGCCGCUUGCAUUGCCUAUGUCAGACUUACGCAGUACAUUGAUAAGCAAGGACAUGCACAUACCCAUCAGUCCGAGGAGACGCGAGUCUGGCACAAACGCGAUAACAAAUGGCAGAAUGUUCACUUUCAUCGAAGUGCAUCUGCCAAAAUAAGCGGAGCAACUACAUUCGAUUUUAUACCCCAAAAAUAGUGGGCAUUAUUCAAUUGAAUAUAAACUGUCAUUAUGCACACGUCAAUGAAAGUGCUACAUUUAUUUUUAGAGAAUACAAUAGUUUAUUGCAAAUAAAGAUGCUAGUGCAAAUUUUAUUAUUUUA